ACGCCGCCCCGCCUCCAGCCGCUGCGCCGCAGCGCAGUGGGCUCGCUGCCGCGAGCAACAGGCCGUGCCGGGUGAGUGGGGCGCUCUCGCGGGCAUCCCAGCGCCGGGGCAGGCCGGGUAGUGCCCGAUCCCGCGGGGCGCGCGCUGCUGCUUUAGGCACCCGGGCUCGGGUGCGGGUCUGGGAGACCUGUCGGUCGGCGAGAAGCCUCGGUGGCCGGCGCUGUGGUUGCGGGACCUGGGACGCGCGCCCAGGCGUCCCACCUCCCCGGAGACUGGGGCAGGGUGGGUGGGGCCCGGAUCUAGGGGUAGGGUCGCGGAAGCCUUGGUUACAGAGAGUCGCACACGUGGCCUGCUAAUGGUCGCGACACCGGUGACGAGCGCACGGAAAGUUUGGAGGCUUAGCAAGGAGGGUGGUGCCGGCCUCCGCCCGGUGGUGGCAGAACUGCCUGUGCGAGCACGGCCUCCACGUGGGCUGCGCCUCCGGGCGUCAGGUCGGGCCUAAGAGACACGCUCUACAGCUGUGAAAUCUGAAGUUCAGGUUUGCAUUUCCUUACUGCUUUGUCUUGAAGACAGAACGAUGCCAAAGAAAGCAAAGCCUGCAGGGAGUGGGAAGGAAGAGGGGCCGGUUCCCUGUAAGCAGAUGAAGGUAGAAGCAGCUGGGGGGCCUUCAGCUUUAAACUUUGACAGUCCCAGUAGUCUCUUUGAAAGUUUAAUCUCGCCCAUCAAGACAGAGACUUUUUUCAAGGAAUUCUGGGAGCAGAAGCCCCUUCUCAUUCAGAGAGAUGACCCUGCACUGGCCACAUACUAUGGGUCCCUGUUCAAGCUAACAGAUCUGAAGAGUCUGUGCAGCCGGGGGAUGUACUAUGGAAGAGAUGUGAAUGUCUGCCGGUGUGUCAAUGGGAAGAAGAAGGUUUUAAAUAAAGAUGGCAAAGCACACUUUCUUCAGCUGAGAAAAGAUUUCGAUCAGAAAAGGGCAACGAUUCAGUUUCACCAACCUCAGAGAUUUAAGGAUGAGCUUUGGAGGAUCCAGGAGAAGCUGGAAUGUUACUUUGGCUCCUUGGUUGGCUCGAAUGUGUACAUAACUCCCGCAGGAUCUCAGGGCCUGCCGCCCCAUUAUGAUGAUGUCGAGGUUUUCAUCCUGCAGCUGGAGGGAGAGAAACACUGGCGCCUCUACCACCCCACUGUGCCCCUGGCACGAGAGUACAGCGUGGAGGCCGAGGAAAGGAUCGGCAGGCCGGUGCAUGAGUUUAUGCUGAAGCCGGGUGAUUUGUUGUACUUUCCCAGAGGAACCAUUCAUCAAGCGGACACUCCUGCGGGGCUGGCCCACUCGACUCACGUGACCAUCAGCACCUACCAGAACAAUUCAUGGGGAGAUUUCCUUUUGGAUACCAUCUCGGGGCUUGUAUUUGAUACUGCAAAGGAAGACGUGGAGUUACGGACCGGCAUACCCCGGCAGCUGCUCCUGCAGGUGGAAUCCACAACUGUUGCUACAAGACGAUUAAGUGGCUUCCUGAGGACACUUGCAGACCGGCUGGAGGGCACCAAAGAACUGCUUUCCUCAGACAUGAAGAAGGAUUUUAUUAUGCACAGACUCCCCCCUUACUCUGCGGGAGAUGGGGCAGAGCUGUCAACACCAGGUGGAAAGUUACCGAGGCUGGACAGUGUAGUGAGACUGCAGUUUAAAGACCACAUUGUCCUCACAGUACUGCCGGAUCAAGAUCAAUCUGAUGAAGCUCAAGAAAAGAUGGUGUACAUCUAUCAUUCCUUAAAGAAUAGUAGAGAGACACACAUGAUGGGAAAUGAGGAGGAAACAGAGUUUCAUGGACUUCGCUUCCCUUUGUCACAUUUGGAUGCACUGAAGCAAAUUUGGAACAGUCCAGCUAUUUCUGUCAAGGACCUGAAACUUACUACAGAUGAGGAAAAGGAAAGCCUGGUAUUAUCCCUCUGGACAGAAUGUUUAAUUCAAGUAGUCUAGUGCCUUUGCAGAAUCAAAUGCCUACUAUUUUAUAUGCAUAUAUUAAAAGAAAAGCAAAGACCUGAGCCGAGGAGAGGAUGAAUUCAAGUUUCCUUACCUGCGUAUCUACUAACAAACAUGAGACCUCCCUGUUACAGGUGGUCAGUUGGCCAAAUGUACUAACGGGCACAUGAAAGAAAGAACAGCAAAUUACCAAGUGUCUCAGAAAAUGACAAAACCAUAUUUUGACAAGUUUAUUUAAUCCAGUGUGGUAGAAAAGGCACAAUUCCAAUGUAUCAUUUAGAAUUGAAUGUCAUUAACCUGGCUUUGUUCUUUGGAAGAAACAACUUCUUUAAAGAGCUUCUUUGGCUCUAGAAAAAUUUCAAACAAUUAAAAUAAGAAAAAAUUUUAAAUUGUUUUUUUAUAAUGAAAAUAUACAUACCUUUGUGUAUAGACAAGCCCAUGCCCAUUAAAAUAAAGUUAUCCUGUAACAUAAAUUUUAUUAAAUAAUACUGCCCCACAGAUGAGAGGCACGCAACACCUAUGGACAAAAGGGAGUUACAGAGGCUGCUUAAAAGAUGGAGAAAAGCCUGAGAUUGAAGGAGGAAAAAAACCCAGUAUUUAAAGUCUAUAAAAAAUACUCAAAAUAGUGGGUCUUCGAGUUUAAAAUAGUCAUUGUUAUUUUACAUUCUAAAGUGCAUGUAGGUUGAUAUUUUUAAAAAUAUCAUUGGAGAAUUUAAUCUUUCUUUAUAAAAAUAGAGCAUUUUUCUGCUUUCUGGCAAAAGUUGGGGAUAAAAGGAAAAAAAGUUGUCAAAAUGUAAGUUUCAGUCCAAUUCACCAGGAAAAAAUGCUUGUGAAUUGUGCAGUAAAAGGUGGUAAUGACUACUGGAAGCUAAGUCAAAGGUGAUUUCCUACCUGAUUUUACUUACUUAAAUAAAAGUUACUUACAAUGGGAGUGAAAAA